UGGCAGCCUUGCUGAACUUUAAGAGGCCCCAUUCUCUCCCUUGUUACCCUUUUGUCCUUAAUGUAUUUGUGGAAUUCCUUUGGAUUCUCCUUAACCCUAUUUGCCAAUUUCCCUUUGCACCCCACAAUCCCCGAGUACCUCUAAGUAUUUCAAUAACUGUAUAAAGAGAUUGUUGUCACUUUUUAAAAUUUGAAUUCCUGUUGCCACCACUAUUCAAGUUGCAAUACAUAACCUCUGUGGGCAACAUCCACAGCUUUUAUAUUCAGUUUAAAUCUUCCCAUGUAAAUACAUCUGAUCCACAAAGUCCCUUAGAGACAAUGUACUCCAGUUGAGAACAAUUUGGCAAACUAACUUAUUUUGUUCUGUGAUUAGUCCAUUCAGCAAACUGACUCUUCUUCAGAAUAAUCCCUCAAUGUGUUAAUGCCACAGGUUGGACAGACCCCUAAUCUGGACCUAAUCCCCUUGCCAGGCAGCUAAACUCUAUUUGGCAUCUCUUCCACCACUUCCUUGUGAGGAGGUGAUGGUUCAGCACAGCAGAGACAUGAUCUGCUAUCAGUAAAGGCCACUAUCCAUUGGCCCAGUCCCAACAUUGGUGAGGUUAUUCAUGGUUGAUGGAAAAAGGCUAGAGUUGGACAAGUUCCAGAAUGUGGACAGCUAUGAACAUUCGUGGGUGGUCAUGAUGUCAGCAUUGGCAGUGUUGGCCAGGAGAGGGGCUGAUUGUUGCAUACCAGGUAUAUGGACAUGCAAUACUUGUAUGCAUUCAGCUGUAUGCUUGAACACACACACAUACAUAUACAUACGCAUGUACACAUGCAUUUCUGUCUGGACAUUACAGGAAACUGAUCAGCCUGUCACUCAGCACAGAUCUGUGAAUGAACUUGACCCAUACAAAUUUAGAAUAUCCCUACCAUUAAAGGAACAUUCUCCCUUGUCUCUUCUACCGUGCAUCCCCAGACAGCCGAAUAUGGACUUAAUGUACCAAGGUUAAAUUUUCCAGUCACACAUAUUCUUGGUAGUUUUAAUCCUAAUAUUAGAUGGUACCACCAUGGAAAUAGUGUUCUAAAUUUGAGACUAACUGCCUAAUGCAUGUUUAAUUGUAAUUGGUGCAGAUUGUGUGCUACAGUAUGUACUGAGAUCCUUAACCACUUUCAUUCCUAACCCAGUGCUGUGAAUAGGGCUCCCACAAGCAGUAUGUGACUCCUCAGUGUGAAAUAUCCUUUUUGUCUUUAACAGAAACAAGUGAAUUUGGAGAUUCCGAUAGAGGUGUCUGUGGUGAAUGAGGUGAAGUCCCAGCCAACUGUCACUGUCUCCAAGGAUUUGGCUCAUGGGAAUCUGACAAAUUUUGACCCUCAGCCAGUAGGAAUUCCGGAAAGAAAACUUGUGCAGAGCAAAGAUUCGGAACAAGACAGGACUCCUUCCAAAGAUACGAGGGAGAUCUCAACUACAGGCUCCAGAGAUCGACUGGAAGAGCAAUCAGAUAAUGAGCUUGUGUUGAAGGAAGGGGGGAGAAAAGAAUCUGUUUUCCUCAAAGGCCAACAGUCGUUUGCUCAAAGUGAGAAUUCACUGGAAGAAGAUACCCCAGACCUAAUGGAGAAAACGGAGGGAAAUGUCUUUGCCACCAGCAAUGGGUCUUUGGUCAAUUCUGACUAUUCAUAUCAAAGUCUCGAAAAUGGAACCCAUUUGCUUUCACACAAUCCGAAUGCAACCACACUGAUUAAUUCAGGGUCACCUGUUUCAGUCACUCCAACGUCUGGGAUUGAUGGUAGUAAUGAUGUCAUCAUUCAUGCAACAAAGGUUUCUGUCAUUCAACACACCGAUGUAGACAAUCAUGACACUCCAGCUCAUGGUGACCCAUUUUUUUCAAAGACACAGCACGAUGAAGAUUGGACCCAUUCCACAAAAUUAGCCACCAUAAAGAGAGAAGCCAACUUUGACCUUCGGACUUACCAUGUGGAGAAAAAGCCUACAAGACUUUUUUCUGAUGAAGAAGAAAAAUAUCAGGCGGUAGUGAUUAAAGGAACAGUUGAUGAUGAAAUGCUUACAGAGGAGAGAAGAGAGAUUAUUAGAAACCAAGCUAUGAAGAAAAAUGCCACCAUUGCUGAGAAAUGGGCAUCGGCAGAGCAACUGAAUAUGGAGGAGAAACCAUCACUUGCAGAUUCCAUGCAGAAACAAGAUGAAAUGAAGAUACUUUCCACCGAAACCAAUGCAUCACCCUUCUUAUCCUCCACAGCUCAUUCUGAAGGUAUCAACACUGAACAAAUAAACUUCACUGCUGCUCGCCAGCAGUUCCUUGAGAUGGAGAAGUCACAGCCAGAAGUCCCGAUGAGCCCGAGACCCUCUGCUCAAACCUCCAGGAUCUUGAAUCAAUCUUCCACGCUGUCUGAAUCAAUGCAUCCUCUUCGCUACAAGGUGGACACAAGUCCAGGGGUCACUCUACAGGCUGUUAGAGUUGAAUGCCUCCCUGAUGAAGAAAAUGAGUUCCUGGAGAAGCCUUUCCCUAAAAGCAAUGGCACCUUCAUUGCUGAAAAAGCAACUGUGGAAAAUGGUGACGGUGGAAUGUUUGGCAAGAGCCAGCAAACUCUGCCUGUCUGCUCAUCAAUAGAAGACCUUGACUCUGGACUGGGGGAGAUGCCCAAUGACUGCAGCUAUGGGUAUACAAGUGAUAGUGGGGCAUCAACUGAAAUACUGAACACAGGAACUGAUAACAGUGGUGCUGCUUUGGAAUCCCCAGAAGUGAAACGUGUGUCUGAAACACCCAUUCAGAAGGAAAUUCGAUUGGCCAUGGAGAGGGAAGACAGUCUUCGUAAGGAGCGAGGAAUUAAGAAGUCUGGCAGCUCUGAAGAAAUGGUGGAAAUCAGGACCAAGCCACUGUUAUCACAACUGCCUCCAACAUCUCUUUUCUCAAAAUCUAAAGACAAAAACUGGAUGGUUUUUUUUGUUCAGAGAGAAAUCGAAAUGGACUCGAAGAGGGAAGAGAAGUUGAAGGAAGAAGGUAAAGUCCAGGGCUUAUAUGAUAAAGGAAUGCCAGAAGAAGUGGAAAAGCGCAAAAAGGUUUUUGAACAACAAAUAGAUGAUGUGCCUGUUGUACCACAGCAGGGCCAGCACCCAAAGAUAACCAGUUCUGCUUCACAGGAUUCUGUCGCUGUACACAGCCUUCCAGUGGAAGGCAGCACAAUCCAAGGUGAUUCAACAGAAUAUAAAGUAAUCUUGCGAGAAUAUCCAGACUAUCAGCUGAAUAGUAAAAGCAAUUCCAAGACCAACAGUUCAAAGAUAGAUCCAGCUUCACACAGCACAGUGGCAAGGCUGGUGGAAAACUGGCCCACACUCAGUGAAGAGCCCUACAUCUUGCGACCACUGAAGUCCCAGACCACUUUCCUCAUAGAGAAGGAAAUUGAGGAAGAACAGCAUCGGGAAAAGGAGCUGCAGGCUCAGAGGCAGAGGUGGCAGCCUGUUGGGAACCUUGACUCGACUUCCACACCAGAUAGCCUGAAUUCUACAGUUAAUCUAAUGUCUCCUGGGCAGCCUACAAUUGCUGGGACUUCAAAUGGUGAUCAAACAAAAGGCCUCACAGAAACGAUUCCGAAACAAGAAAGGCAAAAAGGGAAACCAUGGGAAAGAAAGGACGACACUUCGUAUGCUGGUAUCAAGGCUUCUGAUGAUGUCAACAUUGAGGUGCUGGAAUCUACCCGAGUGACUCGACGCCAGAGUGCAUUGGCACAGCGCUGGGAGGCUGGGAUAUUCCACAACCAUCUGGAAGAAUGAAGCUGGUCUUCUGAUCUGAAGUGAUAUAAUUGUAGAUUAAGUAAUAUUUUAAAAAGCACUGCCUGCUGAAUAGAAAUGAAGUUCUGUCUUACACUCUGGAGUGAUUUAACUCCAGUAACUGUAUAUAAACCUGUAUAGAUGACUUGGCUCUGACCUUCAAGUUCCAAGCUUGGGCUUGUUGUCUCCGUCUUCCUUUGUACAUGGUAAUAUUAGGGAGAACUCUUGUAGCCAUGAGUGAAACGAUAGGUUCGAUGGUAACCAACUUUCCUCAGCAGAUCCUCUUCCACCCUGGGAAUUGUCAGCUUUCUUUCUUUUGGAAUGAACAUAUUGGUAAAUGUACUUGAAAUGGAAGCCCUCCUGGAUUCUAAGAACUGAAUUACAAAUGAAAUCUUUGCUGAUUGUUCUCAAUAAUAUCAGUUAACUUUUUGCAGAGAAGCAGAAUCCUACUUGUGUGCAUUUAUUUAAAAAAAUCUCAUCAAUAAAUCAGCCUCAGUAACAAAGGUGCUUUCACUGGA